CAUCAACUUCAACUUCAAAAAUCAAACCCUAAAACUAUAGAAGAGAAGCAAGAAAAAGAUAAGGUUUCCGGGACUCAAGCUUCUUUAAACUUCUCCAACCUUGUUGACUUGAACCAUGCACACUCCACAAACACUUCCUUCAAUUCAAUUCACCAUCAAUCCAAAAAUGGCGACACUUUCUCCAUUUCCUUAUACCCUCUCUCCCUUCAAAACCCCCAAUUCCAAAAAACUCAAAACCACUUCCUUCAACUUCAAAUCAUUCUCAUCUCUCAAAGACGAAAACAAUACCAACAACGGUGAUGCUGGAAGAGAAACAAACGAGGAUGAAGCGAUCGCGAACUAUCUGAGGAAUGCAUCACUUAAAGCAUCAACCAAGCGGGAUAAGAGGGUAUAUGAUAGAAUGUUAAAGAUGCUUGAUGAUGUAAGAACAAGAAAAAGUAUUAAUGCUACAAAAAGAAAGGCUAAUUUUAACAACUUUGUUCGUCAAAUGAUGGUUAGGGAAAAAGAAAGGCUACAAAAAGCUGAAAAAGCUUUCACAGAUCUUGAUCUCAAUAAGUUGAAGAGUUGCUUUGGUAUUGACACAUUUUUUGCGACGGAUGUUCGAAGAGUUGGCGACAGAGGGAUUUUCAUUGGGAAUUUAAGGAGACCGAUUGAUGAAGUGAUUCCCAAGUUAGAGAAGAAACUCUCUGAUGCAGCAGGUAGAGAAGUUGUUUUAUGGUUUAUGGAAGAACAACAAGAAGUAGUAGUAGAAGAAGAAGAAGAAGAAGAAGAAGAUGACAUUACCACCAGACAGGUUUGUAUGGUGCAACCAAAAGAACUACUGGAUCUCCAAUUUGAGUCAACUAAUCUGAGCAAUCCCUUUGGCAAUCUAAGUUCAAUUGCAUCAGCAGUUACUACUUUUGGAAUAGUUUUUUUGAUGAGUGGCGCUUUCCUUAAACCUAAUGUUACUUUUGGUGAUUAUGUUGCUAGUUUUGUGCCUCUAUUGGAUGGUUUCUUGUUUAUUUUUGGAGUUUCCGAGAUAGCCACCAAAGUAACUGCUGCUCGUUAUGGUGUUAAACUCAGUCCUUCGUUCUUGGUACCGUCAGUUUGGACAUGUUGCUUUGGAGUGAUGAAUAACUAUGAAUCUCUUCUCCCAAAUAAGAAAGCUCUUUUCGAUAUUUCUGUAGCGCGUACUGCUAGUGCAUAUUUGACUUCAUUGGCACUUGCUGUUGCUGCACUUGUGGCUCAUGGAAGCUUUAGUGGUGGAGACAAUGCAUUGUACAUAAGGCCUGGAUUUUUUGAUAAGGACCCUUUGCUUUCAUUUAUUCAAUUAGUUAUCGGGCCAUACACAGACAACCUAGGAUUAGUGUUGCCCCCUGCUGUCGAAGGUUUUGGAGUUCCUGUUGAUCCACUUGCUUUUGCUGGACUUUUAGGGAUGGUGGCGACUUCUUUGAACUUGUUGCCAUGGCGGCAACUCGAAGGAGGGCGAAUCGCGCAAGCCAUGUUCGGAAGAAGCACUGCUACAUUGUUAUCUUAUGGUUCAUUAUUAUUGCUUGGUAUUGGGGCUCUACGCGGGGGUGAUUUGUGUUUGGCAUGGGGAUUAAUUGCAAUCGCCUUUAGGGGAGAAGAAGAAAUACCUGCAAAAGAUGAGAUCACACCUCUAGGGGAAAGUAGAUAUACUUGGGGUAUUUUUCUCGGUCUAAUCUGUAUUCUCACCCUUUUUCCAAAUAUUGGAGGGACUCUCUCCAAUUCGUUUCUAAGUGAUCCAUUUUUCGGGGAUAAGAUGUAAAUGCGUUGCAUAAUUGUAGAUGUCAGUUAUGUGUAUAUAUUUAUACUUUUCACAACUAGAUAGAGUUGGGUUCCUUGUACUGUCUCCUAAUGUAAUCAGCAACUUGGAUUCAAAAUGGGCAAUGGCAAUCAAAUGUUGAAACUGACAUGAAAAUCACAAGUUUCUAAUAA